AUGGGGUUUGUGUGCAAGGGAAGCAGUCCGCUGGACUUAUCCUCCGACUGCGUCCGGUCGUUCUGGUCGACGGUGCUCCCCGCCGUGCUCGUCGUCCUCUUCACGCUCUACCGCGUCCCUCUACCCAGUCCAAUUAGCAAAGCCCUAGGCUUCGUUACAUCACCACUCACGCCGUUCCUCACCCUCGAAGAGGCCGAAGCUCUCGACGCCAGCGUCGACAAGGACGAAGACAGCGCAACUCACACGACCACGACUGCAACUACGACUACAGGAAUUCCGCUAUGGCGCACGAUCGUCCUCGUCUGGCUCGCACUCGCCGAAACACUCGUCUGGCUCUCCAUCGCAGCCUUCUCCUCCUUCCUCUCCGCCUCCCACACCAUCCCCCCGUCCACACACCCCUCCGCCGCCCCUCCCAACCUCUUCGCACUCCUCGCGCUCCUCACAUCUCUGUCAUGGCUCUACGCCACGAUCCGGCCUAUCGCCAUACCCUCCGCCACACUCCCGAUCGAUCUCCUCGCGCUGUAUGUCGUACACUUUGUGGUGCUGGUGUUGAAGGUCGGAGGCGCGGUGUAUGAUGUGAAUGUGCUGGGCAUUGGGGGACCGAAUGGGUUGGUGGUAUUGGGGUGGGGAGCGGAUGCGGUGGCAUUGGGGGUGUUGCUGGGUGUGCUUUGGUGGACUCCGUUGGGGAUUCCGAGUGAGAGGGUGGAUAAGAGCGAGAUUGGCAAGUCGGUCUCGCCGGAGGAUUAUACGACAUUGGGCGGUUGGACGACAUUCUUCUGGAUUUACCCUCUCAUCAAACGCGGAACGAAUGACACGCUGAACGAAACAGACGUGUGGAACCUUAGCCCGACGAUGCAGUCCCGACCGGUUUUCAGGAAGUUCAGUGCUACCAAGCGGAAUACACUCCUCCGCCGUCUUUGGGCCGCUAACUCGCUCGAUCUUAUUCUCGACUUCACCCUCACCUUCAUCUCCGUCGUCUUCAACUACGCCUCCCCCUUCUUCCUCCGCCGCAUCCUCGAGGCCAUCGACGACCAUACCGAGCUGGAAAAGCAGAAGCGGAGCCAGGCGUAUGUGUAUGCGGCCCUCGCGUUUUUGUGUACUGUUGCGAAGGCUCAAGUAGACGUCCAACACCUCUGGUACGGCCGUCGCGCCUGCACCCACAUCCGCACCGAGCUCAUGGCGAGCAUCUACGACAAAGCCCUCAAACGGAAAGAUUUCUCCGGGAUCGUGGAUCAGGAUGCGUUGGCGAGUAAGGCGUUGGCGGCGGAUGAUGCCCGUGUACUCCGUUCUUCAUCCAACUCCAAUCCCGCUUCGAGUGCUACUGGUGGUGCGAAUGUGGGAGGGGCGGGGAGUGGUGGAGGAGCAGGGAGGGGAGAAGGGAAGAAGAUGAGCAAGGAGGAGAGGAAGAAGGCGGAGGAUAAGAGGGAUGAGUCUAAAGCGGGCGCGGACGUGGGGAAGAUUGUGAAUUUGAUGGCGGGGGACGCGAAUCGGGAGGUUGGGGAGAUCUCGAGUGGGGUGGAAUAUGUGUUUGUGCUGUGCGCGAUGAUGAUUUCGGGAAUAUAUUUCAUCUAUGGAGCACCGUUCGAGAUCAUCAUCGCGAGUGUGUUUUUGUACCAACUACUAGGCAUCUCGGCCUUCGCGGGCUUCAUCGUCCUCCUCCUCGGUUGGCCGCUUAAUUCGUUCAUUGCGAGAAGGAGCAUAAGGAUCCAGAAGGGCGUGAUGGCGGCGAGGGAUAGGAGGAUGGGGGUGUUGAAUGAGUUGAUUGGCGCGGUCAAGUUUAUCAAGUUUUUCGCAUGGGAGGAUCGGUGGAUCGAGCGUGCGCUCGAUGCGAGGGAUGCCGAGAUGAAGUGGAUGAUCAAAGGUCAGUUCUCUCCCCUUCUGUCCAAACCCACUUCCUUUGAACCUCGCUCCUCGCUCCUUGCACGACAAACCUCCUCCGUCGUUCUCGAAUCGCGUGUAUCAACACUAACUGCUAUCAUUGUCUUCGUUCGUCGUACAGCCCGCGUGAACUCCGUCCUGUUCUCCGCAUUAUGGACGACGGCGCCGAUUUUGGUCUCGAUCAUCUCGUUCUGGGUGUAUGUGAUGCGGGGGAACGAGCUGACGGUUAGCGUUGCGUUUACGGCCAUCGCGCUUUUCAACAUGCUACGUGCGCCCCUCAACGUCAUCCCGGCGUGGAUCGUGCAGAUACUGUACGUCCCAGCAGUUAGACGACGCUUACAUAACGUGGGAACCCCCCUUUGGCGGGAGAUCCGCGCAAAAUUGGCGGGGGCGAUGGGCCCCUUGGGACACCGGACGUCGCCUAACGUCUGGGAGGUACAGUAUUACAGGUAUGUGCUUUGGGUUUCGCCCCAAAUUUACACGCAAUCUCCUUCCCUCCCUCUUGCCCUCCUGACUACACCAUCUCUUUCCGCCCCCAUCCUUCUACGUACUGUCACCGGCGUAGCCCUCAACCGUAUUUCCGUCUAUCUCAACGAAGACGAAGUAGACGAGCAAGUUUCGUCGCUUAAACGGACUCAAUCUGGAGCCCCUUCAUCGUCUUCUGCGGAUGGUGAAGACACGGAUAAAGAAGGUUUAGGUUUCAAAAACGCGUCGUUCAAGUGGAAUGAGGUCGAAGAGAAGAAAAAGGAUGAUACUAAGGAUAAGGGGGCGAAGACAAAUGGACAUGGCAAUGGGACAAACGGCACGCAACGAGGCUCGGAGGAGACGGAUGCUACUCUUACGCUUCCUACUAGUACUGCCGACAUUAACAACGGUACGAACGAGGAGGAAGGAGCGGAUAGGGAGAGUUUAUCUGGAAGUAUAACAGGAAGUGGAAACGAACAUCGAUUUGAGCUGAGGGAUUUGAGUGUCGUGUUCCCGGAGGGGGAGUUGACGGUGGUUACAGGGCCGACGGCGAGUGGGAAGACUGCACUGUUGAUGGCGCUGUUGGGCGAGAUGACGAUGCUACCGACAAAUCCGCCCGGGAAGCUAAUCAUGCAUAAAGACCCCCACACAGUCGACCCUGUCACCCACCUCACCCACACGAUCUCCUACGCCGCGCAAUCGCCAUGGCUGCGUCAUCAGUCGAUCAAAGAAAACAUCCUGUUCGGGUAUCCGUACGAUGAGAAGAGGUAUGAAGAAGUCGUCGAGAACUGUGCGUUGGGUCCUGAUUUGAAGAUAUUGGAGGAUGGAGACGAGACAGAGAUUGGUGCGAGGGGAGUGAGCCUUUCGGGGGGACAGAAGGCCAGGGUGGCGCUUGCGAGAGCAGUGUAUGCGCCAACGAAGUAUGUGCUUUUGGACGAUCCGUUGAGCGCUGUGGACAGCCACACCGCUCGUGUCCUGUUCGAGAAACUCCUCAAGGGCCCAUUACUAGCCAAUCGCACGGUUAUCCUCGUAACCCAUCACGUCGAACUCGUCCUACCUGGGACACACUACCUCAUCCGCAUGCUCGAUGGCCGCAUCGACACACACGGAACGGUAGCCGCCCUUCGCGAACAAGGUAUUCUGGAGGCAAUCGAGCAGGAGAGCGAGGUGCAGGUCGUGCAGGAGGAGAAGGUUGUGGCGGAGGAGAUGGGGAUCGGGGAGAAGACUGCGGAGGAGGAAGCGAUGGAGGGGGCUGUUGAAGGUGAUGACAACGACGGGGGAGUAGGAGAAGGAGAAGCAGUGAAGAAGGCCAAGGGUAAGGGAGGGAAGAAACCGAGGAAGUUGGUCAAGGAUGAGCAAAGGCUGACGGGUGGGGUGAAGUGGCCGAUAUAUAGGACUUAUUUGAAGGCUUCGUCGUAUUGGACUUGGAUUGGGUUGGCGUCGCUAAUCGUUCUGGCACAGUUGCUGGGUGUUACCGAGAAGCUUUGGAUCAAGUUUUGGGGUGAAGCCUACGGCGAUAACAGUUUCUUGGCUUCCACGACGACCUACUCAUUCACUUCCUUCUCAACCGUCGAACAUGAAAGCCUCUUCUGUGGUUCCCUCACCCCGCAUUACCUUCCGCAUGCAGUCCACAGCUCUCAUCAUAUCCCGCAUGUCUACACCUUCAGCGCUUUCAACUUCUCCGACACACUCAAGGUGCCGAACACCACCACCGCCUCUCCCUAA